AUUAGCGUUCACAUGUUUGUUUUUGCAGCUGAGGGCCAUUUCGUUGUGGUAUUAAGUGCGCUCCGAGCAGUUGUCGACUGUUUAGUUACAAUAUUGGAAGUUUUUAUAUGAUAGUUCAACCUUUAUUUUAACAAGAUACUUAUGAUAUGGCUAAUGGUCAACCUUUAUGUAAUCUGCUUUGAAGUUUUCUGCCGCACACAGUCGUAAGAACACGAUAGCAAGUUCCUUUGGUGUCGACGAGUCACCGACAUCAAAUUUUUUGCUAUCGGAAAGAAAAAUCGGAUCACUUCACCCGACGCUACGUUGCGAAGAUCCACUCUUCCGAAUAUCUUGUAGCCGUCGGUUUUGCAGAUCCGCACAUACCACCUUUACGUCUCGGACAUGACGAGCACAAGCCGCUUCGAUGCCGUUUACCGGACGGCGUUAUUAUCGAAAUACUUCAUCAAAGGUUGGGGUAAGCCAGACAAUCUUAAAAGGUUAUUCGACUUCAAGAAGAAAAUGACGGCUCGUGAAACAUGCAGCCAACUUGUACCUCAUGAUUACCCUGUCAUGAUCGACAAGAUUGAAGACCAUUCAAAUUACCGCAUCUUAGAGGGCCACCUUGUUAGUCCUUUAGUUCAGUACCUGCCUGAGUGUGUGCCAAAGGAAUCGCAUAAAGCCUGGUUCCAAGUCCUCUUGCCGAAAAGAUGGGUAACUGACCCACUGAGGCCUCUUUGCAUACACCUUGCUGGAACAGGUGACCACUAUUUCUGGAGAAGAAGAACUUUAACAUGCAGGCCUCUGCUAAAAGAAAAUGGUGUGGCUUCUAUAAUACUGGAAAACCCCUUUUAUGGUCUAAGAAAACCCAAGGACCAAGUGCGGUCAAACCUGCACUGUGUGUCUGACAUCUUCGUCAUGGGUGGUUGCCUUGUGCUCGAGUCAAUGGCCCUGCUUCACUGGUGCGAACGUGAGGGCUUUGGACCACUUGGCAUCACAGGCAUUUCUAUGGGUGGCCAUAUGGCAUCCCUUGCUGGGGCUAAUUGGCACAAACCCAUAGGCAUCAUUCCUUGCCUUAGUUGGACGACAGCAUCGUGUGUUUUUACACAGGGUGUCAUGAGUGGUGCAAUUCCGUGGGAGCUCCUACAGAGCCAGUACUUCUCGGACCACGUUUUUCGAGAAGAGAUUGAACAACUCAUCCACACUCCCGAGCAGAAUGCAGCAUUCAAGGCUGGCCAGAAGUUUGCCCGCGACUUCUCACACAGCAUGGAGAGCUACAAUGACGUCUCACUGGCGCUCCAGUCGAGCCCUGAUGUGCGUCCAGCAGAAGCGCUCAAUUUCAUGCGAGGCAUCAUGGACGAGUGCACACAUCUGGAGAACUUUUCACGACCUGUCGAUCCCAGCCUUGCCGUAUGUGUGACAGCCACCAGGGAUGCGUACGUGCUUCGUGAAGGGCUGAAACCUCUGCCUGAAAUCUGGCCCGGUUGUGAGGUGCGCUUCGUGGACUUUGGCCAUGUGGCAGCGUUUCUGUUUAGCCAGCACGUUUUCAGAAAAGCCAUGGUCGACUCUCUGGAGAAGACAAGCCUAAAGUAUUAUGGGCGGUCACUCUUUGAGAAGAAGGAGGCUGCUCCCGCAAAAACUCAUACAACUGCAGUGCAUGCCGAAGAGGGCAGUAAAAGGGUCACUAAGUCUGAAGCCUAGCUUUGAUCUCAUAGUGAUGUGGCUAGAAUAUAUCUUGCUGUAUAUUCAUUGUGCAACCACUGGGUUGAAGUUUUUAUACUGUCUGACAACCACAGGCUUUCACAUGAUUGCAAACACAAAUUGUGUAUGCAAAGGCACAUUUUUGUUACGAUUACAGUGAAAAGCCACUCAAUCACCGAGAUUUUGCCACUUGCUAGUUCAUUGUGAAGCAUUAAUGAGUCGACAACGGUGAUUACUGGGCAUGUGCGAAUAGUGGUUUUUCACUUCGAAGCAAAUACUAAGCGAAUAUAGUUACCAAUUCGUAUAAUUUCAAAUCGAAGCGAAUACUUGGGACCACUAGUACACAAAAGAAAAAUUGACGCAGUGAAGUACAUUAUCUUGUUACAAUGAUCCUUGCUGGCUAUUUUAUCCUGUAUAUUUUUGAACCAUUAUAAAAGUGAGGCAACCAGAAACAGACAUAAGGCUCGAGACUUUUAGAUUUAUUCAGACCACUGUGCACUGCUCACCCAGCCUUUAUUCCUAGUGCAUCUUGCUGUGUAUAAACGAAUUGCUCAACAUGCUUGGGGAGAAGGUGUUUUCUUCUAGUAGUGGCAACAUUACCUGUGGAAGAGAACAACCUUUUUCUGACACUUGGGUUGCUGGCACUGAGAGGUGUAGCCAAGCUAGCUUGGACAAUGACGGGUACUUCGGCGAAAUUCUUCCACCACAAGAAAGGAUUCUUCAAGCAGGCCGAGCAGGCGCAUGGAAGUAUUCCUUCACCUCCUCCAUCAAUUGCUGGGAACCAGUGCUUGAAGUGGUGGUAGAGGCCCAAGUUCCCCAAUACAGUCCACACAUCACUAGACACAGCUCGUGCAGGUGCACUGGAUUUCUCCGUGUCUCUCCUGAAUCAGGCUCUUCACAGCUGAGCAGAGUUGACUUUUCAGCCACUGUUUCUCACUUGUAGUGUCGUAACACUAAACCUAAAUUGGGGGUCCGCUGCUGUGCUCGAGGCAUAUGUCACCUGCAAUUUUAUUUCCACAAACCUGGACUUGAUGCUACGAAGGAGGUUUCCUGCAAAGAGACUCUUCCCCAUCACUUUGCUGUUGCUGAGUGAGCAAAACUUGCAUGCAUUGCACUAGUGGCACCACUUGUGAAAGAGUUGGGUACUUUUGAGAGCACGAUUCUCUUGUUGCAUCAUCAACACAUUUCAGGACUGGUAUGACGGAUGUCAUCAGAUGCCAUUCACCUAAAGUUAGGUUUUCCUGUGUGUCCUGUUUCUACAGGUUCAAGGAAAUUAGCAAACGAAGCUUUAGAGCGAGAUAUCAUUUUCUAUUCACUGUUCCGUCACAUUGCGACAUCCUGAAUCACUUCAAGGGGCUCUAAGCCCAAAUAUGAACCUCUUUGAGGCGACUCCUGGCCUGGGAACUUCUCUUGUAGUGCCCUACAAUUGCUCGGGCCUUGACGCACCGCUCUUCAAAGUUCCGAGUGUUCGUCUUCGCACACUGGAUGCACAAUUCUAAUGUACGCACAAAGCAUUGUAUACUUGACCAUCCUGGCAUUGUCAGUGACUAUGAAAACUGGAACAUCUUGCGGCAGUCCCCAUUCCUUUGCCAAGUCAAGGAGGAUGCGCUUCAAGUUGUCAGAAGUAUGGCCUUCGGGCAUGUGCCAUCAUGCAAGGUGAUAAUUGUGAAGCCGGAACUGUUCAUCAACGAGGUGACAUGUAAAUGAGACAUAGCUAUGCCCGGGCCUUGACGUCCACCCGUCGGUUGUCAUCGAGUAGCAUGGGGUUCCAUGGUUGAAGUGAUUGCACAGCUCACUUUUGAUCCGUUCUUUUGCCAUGGCGUAAAGUUCUGGAACAACACUCCGAGAAAAUGUAGUCCUUGAUGGAACCUUGUAUUCGAGGGUUCAGUGUGCAUCGAAGACAAAAUGCCUGGUUCCUCAACGAUAGAAUACAAGUGAAAGCCAGUGGCCUGGAACCGCGAAACCUUCGUUGUUAGCAUUUUGGCGUGCUGACUGUUGCUUUUCCAUGUCGGUUUGAAGUAGCUACAGCCAGCAGCACUUGCAUCCGCCUUGUUGGUGCCCGUCAUCUUUUUCGGGUCUGCAGGCUUUUUUGAGGAUUUGGCGGCAUGGAGCUUCUCGAACUGCUUGAAUGAUCCAGAUCAGGGUGACACUUUAGGUGAUUGACAAGGGUGUUUGUAGUGCCCAUGGGCAUUUUAAGGCACAUCUUGCACGUAUGGCACCUUGCGUCACUGGCUCUGCACUCGAAGAACUCCCAGAUAGCACUCUGGGACACACAUUGCACCAAUUAUUUAUCCAUGGCUAGGCUACUUCGGUCAUGCACGCAAUCGAGCAGAGAGGACACCCGAAGUGUGACCGGAAUUGAGAACGUAAAGCAACAAAGCAUUCGCUGAACAUGUAAACCUAAAAAAAACAAAAGGCUGUAGAAAGCACAUAGUUGCCUGACCAAAUAUCUACUAUCGCUUAGAUUAACCUAUUCUUUAGAUUAGCCAAUUUAAGGCGGUUUAUAUUAUACCUUACAAUUGCAAGUGCAAUAUAAAUAAAUACUGCCAAAAAAUAUUAUGAUGUUACAGUUACGUUACAUUUGGUGCCCAAAAAUGCAAUAGUAAACGUUUUCUUUAAAAAUUGAGAAAAGCCAUCGUUACCAAUAUUGUUUACGUUCAUGAAUUCAAUUGCUUGGUCAACAAAGUGGCAUGAGAACGCUGUACCCAAAGUGGAUAUAAAAAGAUAAAAAAUAGACAUAAACUUCUAAAAAGGUAUGCAUACCGGUAUUCUUAAACUUCGAAAUACUUUGAAAAUAUUCCAAGUUUUCUUAUAGCCCUCCUAUUAGAUUUGAAGGUCGAAUCGAACAUGACAUUAUCUGCUUCACUAUUAGAAAGUCUCGAAUAUUCGCGCAACCCUAGUGAUUACCAAAGCUGAAUUUAUGUGAUGAAGCCAAGAACUUUCCUACAGUUAUCACAAGCCAUUAUUUGAAGUGUUCAAGCUUCGUGCAAUCUUGUACAUAACAGAGCAUGUAAAUACAAUAGAGUCAUAUUACUGCCGACAAACAUAUUUGUACGUACAAAAAAGCAGCUGUCUGUUGCCAGUUUUUUGUGCCAUGUGUUGUGCAUUUUUUAUGGAGCUCUGCUUUGUGCAUGCCACUUCAGAGUUUGCGAGUAUGCUUAACAUUUGAAAUGCUGUUUUAGCUGUAGGUUAUAAUGAACUCGAGUGUACACGCACACUGUGUGAGUAGGCCUUUUAUUGUUACUGUAGAACUGCUGUUUUUGGAAAAUAAAAGAAGUUUACAGGUCCACUUCAGGAAA